AUGCAACAAGAAAUCAGGAGACUGGUUGACGAGGGCUGCCUACCACGGCGCAAGAUGGCGCCUCUGAGCUCCGAGCCCCGUCAGGUGGUGGUGGUCCUGAACCCAGCCCGUCGGAGGGCAUUGUAUCAGCUUGUGAUUGAGAUCACCGCGUACAUGCGAUCUCAGUUGGAAUUACACGAAAAGGAUGACGGCCAAGGGACCAAGAACGCAUCUCAGUCCCCGUCUCACGUCGCGCAGGUACAAUCUGGCCAUGACGGAGCACGAGGCUCGACUCCUGCCGCUGCCGCCGCCGCAAAGGCGAAGGCAGAGGCUUCUGUCUCACAAAUGCACACACGACCGAGCCCGGAGCUCAUCGCGCUGCGCAAAGCAGCGUUGACACAUUUUGAUGAAUGGAGGAAGGAAUUUCUGGCCAAGCUGAAGGAGAUCCUAGCCGCCAGUGACGACAACAAGGUCUUAGAAGCGCGCUCAGAACGUCAGAAGAAAAUGGUCCAGAUGAAAGCGGAUAGUCCUGCCGCAGGCGAGGAUCUCAUCGACUUUGGCGGCGAACCCUCACAAAACAACGCAGCCCAAGACAUUGCGAAGGCCAUCGAGUCUCUUCAGGCUAUCUACCAUCCCAUUCCCACCAGGCUUACCACUGUGCCAGCCGAGGACCGAAAAGAGGUUGUCAGCGCAGUUCUCAUUCUUCUCCUCUCCACAGGCAAAUACACAGCCUACGCGAGGACGUUCAUUACCUAUCUGACCUCCGCACUCGAGCUUCCCCUGUCAUUUCUGACCGACGAGGAGAAGGAGAUUGCAAAAACCAUGAUUGAGGCGUCAGCUGAGGCAGAGAAGGCAAAGAAGGACCAAACGAUGUCCGCUGAGGCCGAGGCCCAGAAGCGCAAGCAGCAGGGGCAGGUAGGCAGGUUCUGGAAAGUCGGUCUCGCAUCUGUGGCUGGUGCCGCGAUUAUAGGAGUCACCGGUGGUCUCGCCGCGCCGGUUGUAGCUGGUGCCAUUGGAGGCCUGAUGGGGUCUGUGGGACUAGGCGGGCUGGCUAGCUUUCUAGGUAUCUUCUGGAUGAACGGCGCAUUGGUUGGCACUCUUUUUGGAGCAUUCGGAGCGCGAAUGACGGGCGAGAUGGCAGACAAAUAUGCAAGGGAAGUUGAGGACUUCCGGUUUCUCCCCCUCAAGGAUGAGUGGGGCAGCGAGUUUCGCAAGGACGACAAAGACAUCCGAAGGCUGAGAGUCUCGAUUGGAAUAAAUGGCUGGCUCAUUUCUGAAGAUGAAGUGACCAAACCGUGGCGCGCUCUCGGUGAUGAGACAGAGGCCUUUGCCCUCAGGUACGAGAUGAAUAGUCUACUAGAACUUGGGCACGCUCUCGAGGACACGGUAGCGUCAUACGCAUGGAGCGUUCUCAAGAUCGAGAUCCUGAAGCGCACUGUACUUGCUACUCUAUGGGCAGCACUUUGGCCAAUUCAACUCCUCAAGCUGGCAGCUGGUGUUGACAACCCCUUCAAUCUGGCCAAGAACCGGUCAGAGAAGGCUGGCCGGAUCUUGGCGGACGCGUUGAUCAAUAAGAUCCAAGGUGAACGGCCAGUCACGCUCAUUGGAUACUCCUUAGGUGCACGGGUCAUUUACGUAUGCCUGAAGACUCUCGCAGAACGCAAGGCGUUCGGGUUGGUAGACACUGUCGUCUUCAUUGGGGCGCCGACACCGUCAAACCGAGAUGAGUGGCAACUGAUCCGCAGCGUUGUCACCGGGAAAUUGUUCAAUGUCUACUCAGAAAACGACUAUAUCCUCGCGUUUCUCUACCGAGCUACAAGCAUCCAACUCGGGAUUGCCGGCUUGCAAGCGGUGGAGGAUAUCGAGGGCGUCGAGAACCUCGAUCUGACUGAAGAGGUCAAGGGACACUUGAGAUACCCGGGACUGGUCCCACAAAUUCUCACCAAGUGCGGGUUUCCCAACAUCAGCGGCGGCGAGAAGCCAAUUGAGAAGGAGGAGGACAUCAAGCUCGAGGAUAUGGAUAGCAGCGCCAAGACGGGUACCCUUCUCGAUCUUGACGAGCCUCCCGUCACCCCGGUAGCGGUCAAGCCGUUGUCGAGAAAGACGCACCGAGACAUUUCGUUCCCGAGCGGGUUCCCCAAGACCGACGAGCGCCCUGUAGUCAGGAAAGUACAGUCGACACCGGCCGCGGGCCUACUCAGUUCUGAGCUCCAGACAGCUUUCGACCCGCAUGAGCCCAAGUCCCUUGUUGGGACGCCCAACUCCAAUGACUGGCAGCGCAGACAGUCUGAUGCCCCCAAGACCAGCCCACCAGCGGCUCCGCAACCCCCUCCUUCGUACAGCCCUGGGAAAUUCACGUUGCCUGCAGAAGUAGCAGAUAAAUUGUACGGAGCCGCAAACUCAGAUGAGGACGACGAGGACGAGGACUUCGGUGGCGGCAUAAGCAUGGUGGAUAACGAUGAUGAUAUGGUCACGUAUAUGGAGCCACUGAGACUCGAGGACAGGGACGAGAAGUGA